AUGGAUGCUUUCACCUCCUUUCCAUACUACGGCAACAUUGACUAUCCACCAUAUAGCAACAAUGAUUUCUAUAACUUUAGCUGGAAUGGAGACUGGCACCUAGGACCUUACUAUGAUGAUUUACACAUCUCGCGGGUGAUGAAAAUUGUUUCCAUGUCCAUUUACAGUGCCACAUUGCUCCUGGGGACCACAGGGAAUGGCCUGGUUAUUUUCCUCACAGGUUUCCACUUGAAGAAGACGGUGACCACUAUAUGGUAUCUCAACUUGGCCAUGGCUGAUUUUGUUUUUGCCAUUUGCCUCUCUUCAGAGAUAAUUUAUGUUGCCUUGGAUCAUUGGCCAUUGGGAAGGCUCAUGUGCAAACUUGACAGUGUGGUGCCCUUCCUGAACAUGUUUGCCAGCGUCUUCUUCCUGACCGCCAUCAGCGCUGACCGCUGUGUUUCUGUGGUGCACCCAGUCUGGGCCUUGAACCAUCGCACUCUCAAGCUGGCUUCUGUCAUGGCUAUCAUCAUCUGGAUGAUCUCCUUGGCUCUCAGCUUACCUUAUUUCUCCUUCCGUGACACAAAAGACACACAGGAUGGCACCAUACAAUGCGCCUAUAACUUUAAUUCAGAGGAUGCUAGUAAUCCAUGGGCACACCGUGCCAUGGUGGUUACUGAAUUUGUGGUUGGUUUUCUCAUCCCCUUCCACAUCAUUUUGGCCUGCUACUGUGCCAUCAUUAUCAAGCUAAGAGGGAAGAUCUUUGGUCGAUUUAGCCGAUCCUUCAAAAUUAUAAUAGUGGUCAUUGUGGUCUUCUUCUGUUGUUGGUUCCCCUACCACCUCUUUGCCAUUCUUGAUAUGCUGGAAGAUGACAGUCUUGAAAUGAAGAAUAUUCUUAACAUAGGCUUACCAUUGGCUAAUGGUCUGCUCUGCCUCAACAGCUGUCUGAACCCCCUCUUGUAUGCCUUCCUUGGGCCUGACUGCAGAAGAACUAACUGCCGAUCCUUCCUGUCAGCCUUUAAAGCAGCUUUCAAUGAGAACUGGGCUACUGUGUCCUCUUUCUCCAACAAAAGAAACUCCAGUUCCACAUCAGGAGUGGAAUCUAGCAUGGUUUGA